GUUUUAUUCGGUAUUCGGUUCGGUUGUCAAUUGAAAAGGAGUGUCUAACCUCAGUCUUCAAGACGUUGUGACUGCCUAUUAUCCAUAAUUUAGUGAUUAUAACUUUUAAAAGCAUUCUGUCGUUUUGUAAAGUUUUAUUACCCACCCGAGAACAAAGCUUACACCCGCAGACUAAUUAAAAUGGACAAAAUUACCAACAAAGAUUCCUGGUUUGGCGGUACACUUUCAAAGAAAUCCAUUAGAGAGCAUAUUACACCCCACAAAAUAUCUGUCGUAAUUUUGAUUCAAGAGUACUGUAACAUUAAAGCAGAAGCCAUCCGUCAAGCAAAAAAGUACCCUGAUUAUGUGAUUGAGUCGCCAGUUGAAAUGCCAUAUCCUGUUUAUCGUAGAAGCUUCUGCAUGCUUAUCCUCCAUUUAAUACAGUGCCCUGAUAUGGAUUACGCAGAACUUGUCAACUUGUUGAAAUCGUCAAAAUAUUACAUUGUGCCAGAUUUAUUAAAGAACUUCUUGGCUGAGAUUGACAAGUUUGCGCACAAUGAAGUAGGAAGCAUCCAAGACGCAAUAUCGAACCUGGGGCAUCUACUGAUUGACUCUCUCAUGUCCCCUUGUUUGGUCAACAAGGGCAGUCCAAUAGGCGUUUAUCUACGUAGAGUGAUGCUGUUCUUCGAUAAACUGAACUUUUCUCAAACUAUAAGUCUUUACCUCGGCUUUAAACAUUACGUACUGCUCGGGCAACAGUCGUUGAAGUUGGAUCCACGAUGUAAUUUGUUCUUCAAGUCCGCUGUAGGGACCCGUCCAGAGUUCGGAUCAUCACUUAUGCUGGAAUCUAUCGGGACAUUGAACACAGAAUCUCCUAUUCAGCCUGAGGAGCCCAGUGAGAUUGAGAGUGUCAAUAUGGACUUGAGCUCAGUUUCCACACCGAGGCACCCCCCGGCAGUACUCAAGCCAUUUCCUCAUAUGCCUCAGGUCCCUGCAGUAGACAGCAACGUCAUGGAACUGAGCUCUGUGAUCGAACCGGUUGUGCCCAACUCAUUGUUCCAGGAACUCAAACAGAUGGAUACUGAUUUGCCAGAAGAGUUGCCAGCUCUGUGGUCGCGCCGUCAGGCUGAACUUUUUAUCGCUCGACAGACGGCUGGUCUGCAGAAUAAUGAGAGCUCGGCCUUACCUCCUGCUCAGCUGCAGAACGUCAUCAGACAAGUACUCAAAGCUAACCCUGAGCAUUACGAAGCUCAUUAUCUGAGUUAUCUGAACUGUCUUCGAGUGAAAGAGUUCUCCGGAGCUCUAGACAGUCUGUAUCACUACUUUGACCGCAACACCACGUCUAGCCAAGACAAAGAAGCCAAGGGCUACAGAUACGCUGCUCUCAACUUGGCUAUCUUGCAUGCCCAGUUCGGACACAAGUCUGAAGCGCUUGCUGCAUUGAAGGAGGCCAUCUGGUUGUCUCACGAGGUCAAUGACAAUGUUUGUCUACAACAUGCUCAAGCUUGGCUCUACAAACUAACUGAGGAUAACAAGGAGAUUUUGAUGGAGAGGUCAAUAUCCAAGUGUAGUGAUCUAAGCCUAAACUAUCUCACAUCCCUGGGACUUCAGUCGUUCGCACAGUUUGCCGGGACCACUGGAGGAAAACCAGCUCUUGUUUUUGAGGUUCUGAUGAGAAGUGAUGUAUUGAACUGUCAGUUCUCUAUGAUGGACCUGGUUGCUCAUAGUAUGGCACACAAGGCAGCCCUGUGGACUCUGUAUGGAAAGGCUGACAUGGCCUCACUAUCCAGCCAACUGCUACUACACCUGGACUCAGUAGAUGCCAUACAAGGGCUCAACUCUUACAACGGAGAGGCUACGUGUCAGGCUAUAUGUGGCAUGGCGCUGCGACUCACCGAACUGGGAGAGUAUGAUCUGGCGAUGGUGGUGGUGGACCAUGCCAGAGAGAGGUACCCUAACUCCUCCUCGUGGCAGCUGAGUGAGCAAGUGUUGUACUUCACUCGCAGUCUCUACCGAGGACAGUGGCAUGCGGCUCACACCGCUGUCAGACAAAUGGCCACACUCAACAAGUGGGAAGCUCUGCUAAGAGAGGGAGAGCUACUCAUGUGCAAGGGAGACAGUGUAGGUGCCAUAGCAGCAUUGACUACAGUGCUAGAUGGAGGGCCUUCCUUGUGUCCCUCAGUGAGAGUUAGAGCUCUUCUGCUAGCUGCUAGAGCUAGUCAGUCCGCUGCUGUGUGCAUACUGACUGCUGCUCUGUCCAUCGCUAACUAUCAUUACCUGGACUAUCUGACUGCUUUGGUCGCCAUGCAAUUGGCUUAUGUUCAGUUGCAGAUGAACCUCCCCAACCAAGCUCUCAAGCUGAUGGAUCAGUCGCUCCUUGUAGUUCUCUCACAUGGUGGACAUUACGACCAGGCUUCAGCAAUCAUGUUGUUUGUUCAGUGCAAGGUUGCAUCAGUAGCGUCGGGAGAACCGGAGUUUCGGAGGGAAGUAAUCGCAGAUGCAAUCCGUCUUCUUACCAAAGUCAAAGACAACUUUCUGCACAUGGAGGCAUACACCAAGGCAAAGGAAGCUGUGUAUUUACAGGCUCUUCUAGCCAAUGAACUUGGCUGCUAUGCAGAAAGAAAUAAGUUUUCUUAUGAGUUUAGACAACUUGACGAAGAAUAUCCCACUGUAGUUCAAGUUUGAUCUGAAGUGGAAGUUUUAUUUACAAAAUUGAUAUUUUGUAAAAAUGUGUGGACAUUUGUUUUAGAAUGAUCUACUUUUUGUAAAUAAAUAAGUUAUUUAUUUAGG